AUGGCUGAACAAUCGAAUAUGGACAUUUGUCCUUUACCGUUACCUUCGAAGACGGUUACUGCUGGUAUAAUUGCUCGUGUACCACCUGCUAUUACAUCACCAUUGCCUGUGGAUAAGCAUAGUACUAGCACUGCGGCACAUUUUGCACGAAAACUUCAAAUUGUAUUAGUGAUGGAUUUGAAAGCGGCAAAAAAUAUUAAAGUACGGGAAAUGGCAUGCAAUGAUGUUCAGAAGGUAGCGGACUCGCUUAAUGUCAAUUUGACGCGCUUAGAUUUUGAUCGUCUUGAUUUUGGUGAGACAAAUGCACUUGAUGUUUUUUACAACGCGGAUGUCGCACUAGUUGAUGUUUCUAUCACGCAGCAGCAGCCAAGUCUUUGUUAUCAUAUUGGAGUACGUGAGUCGAUGGGCCAGUCAUACAAUAUUAUUCUAACGCAUUUUACAGAAGAAACUUCUGAAUUGCUCGUUAAAGCUCUCAAGAAGACUUUAGCUCAUUUACCAAUGAUUGUUUAUAUAUUGGAAAAUGAUAGCUCAUCUCUGAUAUCAGUUGAUAAAGCUUCGAAAACUGAAAGCUUAACGCAGCUAAAAGCCGGUAUUGAACAGAUAACAGAAAAGGCAUAUACUAAGUGUGGACGUUUGAUAACAUUCCGUUCAAGGAUGAAGCAAGCUUUAAAAAGCGUGCAAAUUGAAGCAUCAGCACACUCGCGUGAAAAGUUUUUGUCCGAUCUCCGAAAAGCACGUGAAACACAAGAUGUUGCUGAAGCUAAUCGUUUUCUGGAUAAAAUGAGACACCGUUUGGACAAUCCGGAUGUAUUGAGUGUUGAUACACUUUAUCAGUUUAUGCUGAGUUACAGAGAUAAUCAAAAUUACGAUGCAAUCAUUAGCCUUUAUGAUGAUCUCAGUCGGAUUGAAAAUUGCUCUAUUGUGAAUGCUCAAGCUAUCCGUUUUCUCUAUGCCUUUGCACUCAAUAGACGUAACAACGAAGGUGAUCGUGAUCGUGCUUUGCAGACGGUAUUGCAGGUAACUGCCAGUUGUAAUGACAGUGCUGCUAUAUCGCCAGAUAUAAUUUGUUUGGCAGGACGUAUUUACAAAGAUAAAUUCAUCAACAGUAAUUAUGAGGAUCAUGAAUCAUUGAAUAAAGCAAUCGAAUGGUAUAGGCGAGCAUUCGACUUGUCGCCUUUGGAAUAUUCUGGAAUAAAUUUAAUAACGUUACUGCGUGCGAAUGGUGAAACAUUUGAAAAUAACUGUGAGAUGCAACAGAUUGGUAUGCAGCAUUAUAUCUCCCGGCAAAAUCUUUAUGAAAUUGUAGCAGUCGUGCUUAACAGUUUGCUGGGAAGGAAAGGCGCUCUGGCGAAUUUGACUGAAUAUUGGGAUGUAGCAACUUAUUUUGAGGUUUCUGUACUAGCUGAAGAUUAUCCCAAAGCAUGUCAAGCAGCACUGAAAAUGGCAAUUUUGAAACCACCCAUAUGGUUUUUGAAAUCAACAAUGGAAAAUAUAAAACUACUAAACCGUUGCGCAGCAACGCUGUCUCCGGUCGAAAAAGAAAAGCAGCAAUUCUUAUUCUGGUCAGAAUUCUUUAUGGAAGCAAUUGAUUCAGAGCAAGAAAUAAUUUGUGGGCGUUUUCCAGUUCUGAUUCAGGAAGUUACUAAACAAUUCACACCAAGCUUUUUAACACUAAAUGUAAGUGAGGGUUCGAUAAUUCUCAGUCAUGUACUGGAAAGCAGUCAACAAAAGAAACCUCCUCCAGGUAUCCAUCGUUGGCAUUUCACUGCUACAAACAUCAAAGCAGUGUCCGCAUCGAAGCGUGAUGAUCGUUCUAUGUUUCUCUAUGUUCAUGAAAAUUCGGAUGAUUUCAAUUUAGUAUUUCCAUCAGCUGCGCACUGCAAUAAGGUAAUGGGUUCGUUGAUUGAAAUGAUUAAUGAACUGGAUGGUAACGCGGGUCGUGUCUUACAUGAUUGUGAAGCUCAGAAUCGCUUGGAGUUUGAGUAUGAAUUGACGAAUAAUGGUGAUCGCGUGGUUCUCGGGCGUGGUACAUAUGGUGUUGUUUAUGCUGGAAGAGAUUUGUCAACACAAAGGUCUAUAGUAGUGAAAGAGGUGGAAGUGAAAAACGAAGAAGAAGUUCAACCGCUAAUGGAAGAAAUUCAGUUACAUUCAACUCUUUCCCAUCAGAAUAUUGUUCAGUACCUUGGAUGUAAACUAGUCAAAAUAGAUCAAGGAAAUGACAUUUUCCAAAUAAUUAUGGAGCAAGUUCCUGGAGGAAGCUUAAGCUCAUUGUUAAGGAGCAAAUGGGGCCCACUAAUGGAUAAUGAAAAAACGAUGGCUAUAUAUGGUAAACAGAUUCUAGAUGGCUUGCGUUAUUUGCAUGGUCAGAAAAUAGUACAUCGCGAUAUAAAAGGUGAUAACGUGCUUGUGAAUACUUAUAGUGGAGUUUGCAAGAUAUCUGAUUUUGGCACAUGUAAAAGACUGGCUGGUUUGAAUCCGGUGACUGAAACUUUCGCAGGGACUUUACAGUACAUGGCUCCAGAGGUAAUUGACCAUGGUCAACGUGGUUAUGGUGCUCCUGCAGAUAUUUGGAGUUUUGGUUGCACAAUGAUUGAAAUGGCUACAGGACGACCACCAUUUGUUGAACUCGGCUCACCGCAAGCAGCAAUGUUCAAGGUGGGGAUGUUCAAAACACAUCCACCGAUUCCUGAUGGCUUAAGUGAAAGAUGUAAACGAUUUAUUUUGAGGUGCUUUGAACCCGAUCCAAGAAAGCGUGCCGCUGCUGCAGAGUUACUAGUCGAUCCAUUUAUACAACAAUAUAUACCGCACUCAAAUCGAACUGGAAGUGCCAACAAAAAACAUUUUGAGACUUGGAAACAUAAUCGUGAAAUUCAGCGAUCGGUGUCUUAUAUUGGAGCGCAAGGAGAAGCAAGCAAGGAUGCUGAAACUGUAAAAAACUUACAUUUAUUGAUAGAGAGUACAGCAGCUUCACGAUUUCCGUCGCAUCAACUAGAUCACAGCACUAUUAGUCCAAAUUCAUCUGGUCUUCAACUGAGUCAACCCUCAUCUCCAGUCAUUGGUGAUGAUGAUAAUACACAUCCGCAGCUAAAUUCAUUAUCAUCACUCUGUAGCCCUUCGAUAAAUGGAGCAGUCUCAUCAGUUUCAAAUUCUAGCAUGUUAAAUAGAACUACCUCGGAUGAAAGUGGAAUGUCUUCUCGUUUUUUCAUGCUUAAGAAAGAUUCCGAACGGCGCAAUACUCUAUCACGUUUCAUGUUGGACUACAAGAACGAGAUUAUUGAUAAUUGGUAUGAACAUCUUACUAAAAGUCAGCUUGCUGGCGAUUUGGUUGUGACAAAAAAUGCAAUUGAUACAGUUCGAGCACAGCUAGAUUUUGAACCAGCUGCGAUUGCCCAAGUUAACCUUGCGUUGUAUAGUUUUUCCGAAGCAGUACAACCUUCAUUACGUCAGCAAACUAUUAAACCCCAUUGGAUCUUUGCUCUUGACAAUUUAAUUCGUAGUGCUGUGCAAGCUGCUGUUGGUAUUCUUUCACCAGAUCUGUCUGCAAUGUUAUCAAUACAAGAUGCACCAGGUAAUCGUAUGUCAUCAGUAUCUCGUGAAAGUGGUGGCUCACAUAGUGAGCACUCAACUGUGGACAGUCAAACUUGUUCUGGAUCGCGAGGUGUCAGCCGAGAAAUAAUGUGGAAUAAUUUUUCAUCAGAAAUGCGGAAAGAAAUGCGAUCAUUGCUGGAUGAAAACAGAAGGUUGUUCGAAGAGUUGGUUUCUGUCGAACGCGAAUAUAAUGAAUUACUUCAAACAACUUUGAAAGACAAGCGCUUGCGCGUGAAACGUUUGUCUGAUUUAUUGUCUGAUACUACUAAUAGCAGUCAGUUUCUAGCACCUUCUUCUCAAUUACGAUCCAAUUCACCUGUGUCGCCGCUAGUAGUACACACUAAAAUAAGUUCCUUUUCUUCAAAACUGCUAGCUGUAAGCAAUAUCAAAUCUACAAAUCAAGAAUUACCAGGCGAUGUAGAUAAUGCUUUAAAGUAUGGAAAUGAUGAAUUGGCACAGUGGUUGCAUUCUUUUGGUUGUGAUGAUGUUACAAUUGGUCGUAUAUUGGAAGAGGAAUAUACAAAACAAGAUCUUCUCGAUUUCGUUACUCGAGAUGAUUUAAUGAAACUUAAUCUAAGAGGUGGUGUAGUAUGCCGUAUCUGGCGAAAAAUUCUGCAAAACCGAGAACGUCAACAGUUUUCUGGUUUCUCAAGUCUUGUAGGUGGUCGUUCAAGGCGCAAUUCAUCAGAAGAUUUUUACUCAAUGGCUAAUGAUCCAGAAAUAUCCAUCCUUCCUGAGCUGAACAACAUAUGA